AUGGCUGCGAUUGGAAACCGUGGAACAGUGACCGAGGCGCCUGGGUUCGACCCUGAGGCAGACAUGCAGAAACUUCGUGAGGCUAUGAAGGGAGCUGGCACUGACGAAGCCGCCAUCAUCGAAGUAUUAGCCCAUCGCACCAUCGCCCAGAGGCAGCGUAUUAAGGAGGCCUUCAAACGGGCAGUGGGGAAGGACCUGGCUGAUGAACUGUCCUCAGAGCUGAGUGGGGAUUUCCGGAGCGUGGUUUUGGGUCUGCUAAUGCCGGCACCCGUGUACGACGCCUCUGAGCUAAGAAACGCCAUGAAGGGAGCCGGAACAGAGGAAGCGUGUCUCAUCGAUAUUCUGGCUUCCAGAUCUAAUGCUGAGAUUAAAGCCAUCAUUGCAGCCUACAAGAAGCAAUUCGGGAGGGACCUAGAAGAGGAUGUGAUUGGUGACACUUCAGGAAUGUUCCAGAGGGUUUUGGUCUCUUUACUAACGGCUGGACGUGAUGAAAGCGACCACGUGGACGAGGCCCUGGCUUUGCAGGAUGCCAAGGAAAUCUACGAGGCAGGCGAGGCUCGAUGGGGCACGGAUGAGGUGAAAUUCCUGACUGUGCUCUGUGUCAGGAACCAGAAGCAUCUGUUACGAGUAUUCGAUGAGUACCAGAAGAUUUCGGGCAAAGACAUCGAGGAGAGCAUCAAGGGAGAAAUGUCGGGAAAUCUGGAGGACGUCUUCCUGGCCAUAGUGAAAUGCAUGAGGAACAAGCAAGCAUUCUUUGCCGAACGUCUGUACAAAUCAAUGAAGGGUCUGGGCACCACGGACAGUGUGCUCAUAAGGAUCAUGGUUUCCAGGGCUGAGAUUGACAUGUUGGACAUCAAGGCGCAGUUCCAAAAGAUGUAUGGCAAGACUCUACAGUCGUUCAUUAAGGGAGAUACAUCGGGUGACUACCGCAAAAUCCUACUGGAGCUUUGUGGAGGAGAGUAA